AUUUGUCUUCAAAGCUUUUGUAACACCCAGUGAGCAGCUGCAACUUUUCCGUACUGAGCACUGUUUUCAAAGCAAUUCUGUAAAAACAGCCUUGAAUAUUUCGCUCCAUUUUUUUUAAUUUUAUUUUUUGGUGCUGUUAAGGUUGUUAUACAAGUUCAUCAUGUUAUACAAAGAAUCAAACUGGUUCUUUGGCAUCUGUAUAAAAUGCCCUUAAUGGAUACUUUCUGGAGAUGAAUUUUAGCCAUCUGUUUGGCAACUUAGAUAUUUUGCAGGUGUGCUUAAAAUUAUAACUUGAUUACAAUGUUUUGUGCAUGAUCCUAUUGUUAGGGUUCACAGAGUCAGCCACACACCUUUGCCUCUGGAUACUGUCAGUUUUGUUAAGAAUCAGGAGUGUCCAUUAUAUCUACAGUAGUACCCUGAGACCAGCUCAAGAUGUUAGAAAAGAUAAGGCACCAUGUGAUUACCCUGGGCCUGCUUAGACUUUUGUCCCCUUUCUGGAUUUACUCUGGAUGGGUCUGCAACCCAAUACCAGUUACUUGAUUCAUAAAUGAGUGUUCAGACAUUGUACAGUUGGAUACGGCUCCUACAGUGUUGAUCCUCAGAAAUAAAUUGAACAAGCCUGCCCAGAGUGCAUUUGCCUUUCCAAUGAGGAAUUUGUUUAUAUUUAAUAAAAUGAUUCCACCACAGGUAACUUUAGUCUAAAAUAUAAACUCACUGGGUUGUAUCCAGUGCUAAUCCUACGCUAAUCCUGCUGCUCCAGAGAAGCGGACACGGAGCAAUGGAUUCAAACUACAAGAAAGAAGAUUCCACCUAAACAUUAGGAAGAACUUCCUGACAGUAAGAGCUGUUCGGCAGUGGAAUUUGCUACCAAGGAGUGUGGUGGAGUCUCCUUCUUUGGAGGUCUUUAAGCAGAGGCUUGACAGGCAUAUGUCAAGAAUGCUUUGAUGGUGUUUCCUGCUCGGCAGGGGGUUGGACUGGAUGGCCCUUGUGGUCUCUUCCAACUCUACGAUUCUAUGAUUCUACAGCAGCCCCACUGAAAUUGUUGAACAUUACCAACUUAGGACCUGCUUUAGAUACAACCCUUCAUUGCCUGUGUUAGUCAUGUGAUACAUGGAGUUACUGCCAUUCUUCUACCAUUCUGCCAUUCUUCUACCCAAACAAGUGCUUCCAGCACCAGUAGAUAGUAGUCACUGUAAUGUUAAGGGAAUUCAUGUAAUGUUAUGGGAAUCCAGUGUUUUAUGUGUUCUACUUCACCAGUGCCUAGAGCAGUUCCAGUCCAAGUUUUACAGAAAAGCUGCAAGUCACACAACAUUGAAUGAUUGGUGUGUGUGGGGGAGUCCUAACAUGCACCCGAAGAAAGAAAGCUUGCCUGCUCCACCUUUUCCCUUCUAUCUUCUUUUUAGUGUUAUUAUGUGAUCUUCUUAACACCAUCAGCUUCUAAUGAGGUUAACUGAUAUAGGAAAUGUGGCAGACACACUUUUUGAAAAGUAAAUUGUCUCCAUCCCCUGGAGAAUGCUCUGAGAACCUGGGUGAUGCAGAAAACUGAUUGACCAGAGAACUGGAGAUUCACAGAAGAGUGGCAUUGAGAUUUUGAUGGAAACUCUUUAAAAAUUUGUGAUAGUUUACAUGGUAGGGCUAAGCCCUUGUUGCCCUAAUAUACCCGCCUCCACUGACUUUAAUCGAGGUAGGAGAAGUGAAGAGCGGAAAGAACAAAACCUUAUAAAGUACUAGAUUUUAGCAAUGGCAAUUCAUUAUUUUUAGUCAUGUUUACAAGGUGUCCUCUCAGUUUACAACAUACACUAAGCACUGGAGGGGGCAGUUUUAUUGGGCCCAAAUUCUGUACAUGCUGUGAAUACCUAUAAAUCGCCAAUGAGGUGGAUAAGAAGGAUGAAGUGCGAAAAGUGGAGAAUUUCAGAGCUGGAAUCACGUGGAGGAACAAUCACUAGAAGUUAGACUUGCUUCACACCCACAGGCAAAUUCUACAGAGCUGCAUCUUACUACGUAUUUAUUUCAUUUUUGUUCCAUGUGUUUCAUUUUUAUCCAAGGAGCCUAGUGUCCUGUUAUGUGGUUCCCUCUACAUAAAUCCCAAAAUAACCAUUUGUGAUUGGUUCCUUUAGAGAGUGUGAGAUAGAACAAGGUCACCCAGUGAGCUACGAGCUUCAUAUCGGAGUAGGUAUUUGAACCUGGAUCUUUCUGCUCAGCCAGGCACUCUAGUCAUGGCAUGAGAUUGCCUUCCUGUUUACUCAAGGGCCUGAAUUUUGUGGGUUCAUACUUAAUCUCUUUCUUCACUCUUCAUGCUUAGUUGUGUGUCAUAUUCGUUUGGUAUAAUGAAAACAUCAUGAAGGCGACCAGAGACAAACUAAAAAUAAAAGCCACAGUCCAAAGAACCUAAAUACAAUUGAACCUAAAUGCCUGGACUGUGUGUAUGUGUGAUAUUAGCCAAUAGCCCAGGCAGUAAGAAUGAAGGUAAAUGAGCCCCAGGAGCAUAUCGUCCUCAGCUGUAAAAAAUUAACUUUGUUUGCAAGAGCAAAGAUUUCAUAUGUGCUCCUGGAAUCACUAUGCUGGAUUGAAAUAUUAAAUUACUUACUGGUUUUACUGCUUUAUGAACCAGUUUCUUUGUGUUCUAGCUAAUUAGUUUUUUACUGGGUUGGUGGUAAUCAUAGAAGAGUAAAAAUGAAAUCCUGGCUGUUGCUGAUGUGGCAGUGAUAAGGGAGUAGCUCUGUCCAAGGCGGCCUAUGACACUAUGGUGUCAAAAUGUGUUGGUUUUCCCAGAGAUUUCUGUGACCCUACUGACCUGUCAGCUUUUGCCACGUUUGCUUAAAAAUGCCUUUCUGUGGAAGAACAGCAGGUGUGGGCUAAUCUUUAUCCCUCCCCCUCUUUUAAGCAGUGUCGAUCCUUGCGUUCCAGGGCACCUCCCAUCUCCUGUGUAACUUCCAGCAUGGCUGGUUUGAACGUCUCCAUAGUCUUUUUCUUCUCCGUUGUCACCCUUUGUGAGGUGACCAGGAGGCUGUCCAAGAGAAUUUUUCCACCUAAGCUGUACUCCUGCUUUGCUAGCGAACUGGCCAGCUCAUUCCAGCUGUGUGCUUGCUGCCUUGAACUAAAGAUGCUUGUGGAGAUUGGUCCAUGGGGUGGUGGCAUUGGCCGAGAUGUGAGCUUCACACUCCUCUUCCUUCUCUUCUUGGUUCAUGGCGCUUCUUUUGAUGGCGCUUCUGCCAACCCUGCCAUCUCACUCCAGGAAUUUUUAGCUUUGGAUUCUCCUUUUGUGGCCACAGUUGCCAAACUCCUGGUCCAGUUUAUGGGGAUGAAAGCAGCUGGUGCCUUUACCAAGCUAUAUUGGUCCAGGGAACUGAUAGACCUCCACAUGAUUCAAAACUUUAUGGCCCGAGACUGCAGCUCAUCGCUCAACACACCGAUCUCCCAUGGCAUCUUUGUGGAAGCCACAUGUUCAUUUUUUUUCAACGUAGCGAUUCUCAGGUUCCGAUCCAGUUCUCCCAUGUACAGAGCCCCUGUCAUUGCACUCACUGUUACUGCCUUGGCCUACACAGCUGCACCUUUCACAGGAGCCUUUUUUAACCCUGCCCUGGCAUUUGCUGUGACUUUUUCCUGUUCUGGGAACAGUUUACCAGAGUAUAUGCAAGUGUACUGGCUGGGGCCCACUGCAGGGAUGCUGGUAGCUCUGUUCGUGUAUCGGGGGAACAUCCCACGACUCUUUCAGAGAAACCUGCUGUACAGUCAAAAGAACAAAUACAGGAUCCCCAAGGGAAAAGCAAUUUCAGUGUCUGGUGCUGAGCAAAGACAGCCAAAAACACAGAAGGCGAUCAGCUGCUCAGGACCAUCUGACAGAACAGAGUGAAAGAGAUUGGCAUUGGUGGGUGGCACUAGGGGUCCUUUCAGUCUUUGAUUGUUGUUGCUAUUAUUUGGCACGAGGAAGAAGAUCUUGAGCAUCUCUCUGUGUUCCUGAGCUCACUUGUAGUGCAUUCUGGCUGGAAAGAGGGACAAAAAGUCAUCUCUCAUGUGCUGCCAUAUCACCAAUGUAUUGCAUUGAGCUAGGUCAUUGUAAAGAUCUGUAGAAGUUAAGACCCUUAACAUUCCAUAUAUUCAGGUUGUCUUCUUCUUAGUGCCCUGUUUGGGAUAUUUUUCAUUCUGCAGCUAUCUUUUUUUCUAUGGGUACACAGGGGUAAGCAUACCCCCUAAACAUUUUAUGAAUCUUUGUACUUUUGUCCAUUUACUGUAUUUAUUUCCCCCGAUUUGAACUAUUUUCUUGAGUCAAAAUGAGAGUACCCCUAAGAACAAAAAGCACUGGCUAUCUUUAUGUUCUGUGAUAUGGGAUAAAUAAGGGAGGAGCCUGUGGCCCUCUGUAUAUUGUUGGACCCAAGCUCCCAUCAGCCCCACCCAGUGUGGCAAAAUGGGAAGGGAUCAUGUGAGCUGUAGUCUAAGUUCCCCAGCCCCAUUAUAUAAUAUGGUGGGAUCUUUGGCAUUCUUGAAUGUAUAGGCAACUCGCAACUCACACGUAUUCAAGUCAUGUGGGACCAUGCAGAUAUGUGACGUUUUUGGCGCUGAAAUGUGGUGGGGGCAGAAUGGGACCAGAAUUUGGUAGGGUGGAGGCAAAAUGGACUGGAUCAGACCAGAAGAGACUUACAUGCAUCCCACUGACUCACAUCGCAGCCGGGAACAGAACUCCUGCAAAAGUGAGGAUUCCUCUGUAUGUGUUAAUAAGGGUUUUACACUUAAAUCAUAUAUUUGAUUUCAUAUGAAUCAUAUGAUUUCAUAUGAGAGCUGCUGGAACUGAGUUCUGGUGAGUUAUGGCUGGAAAAGGCCCUGGGUAUAUGCACAGGUAUUUUUUGCACCUGUGUAAUGCACUGGAAGUGUGCAACAGCUUUUUGUGUGUGCAAUUGCUUAUUGAUUAGAUUUCUCACCUCCCCUUUACCAUGAGGUCCCAGGGUGGGUUACAGCAAUUUAAAAACACAAUAUUUCAAUUAGUUUAAACAAACCACAGUCAAGAGAACUGGGUGCUCCCACCCCAAAAUGUGCUAAUAAGCUUCCAGCGGUGACAGCAGAUGUAUAACAGCUGAGUUAAAGGUAAAUGGACCUCUGACCAUUAGGUCCAGUCACGGAUGACUCUGGGGUUGCAACGCUCAUCUCGCUUUACUGGCCGAGGGAGCUGGCAUACAGCUUCCGGGUCAUGUGGCUAGCAUGACUAAGCCGCUUCUGGCGAACCAGAGCAGCACACAGAAAUGCUGUUUACCUUCUUGCCAGAGCAGUACAGUACCUAUUUAUCUACUUGCACUUUGUGCUUUCGAACUGCUAGGUUGGCAGGAGCAGGAACUGAGCAACGGGAACUCACCCCGUCAUGAGGAUUCGAACCGCCAGCCUUCGGAUCGGCAAGCUCUAGGCUCUGUGGUUUAACCCACGGCGCCACCCACGUCCUGACUUACAGCUGACUUACUGGCUUAAAUUUUUUUAUUAUUCUUUUUUUAAAAAAGAUCCACAUAAAAUACCAAUACAUAUUACAAACUUUUUUCUUUCUUUUGUAUUGUCAACUAAUAUUGACUUACUGGCUUUUUAUGUUAAAGGGAAAUCCAUAUUCAAUCUGGGCAGGGGGAAGAGUACAGGCAUGGCGACAUCACAUAGACAGCGCUGAAAAUUUGUGUCAGUGAGCAGCCCCGAUUCACAAUAAACCUCCAUCUGAAAUUUACCCCUUGCACCUGUGUUGCGCCUUGAACUUACCCUGUAUCCUUUUGCACCCUCACUUUCUGUACCCUUGAGUACAUAAGGGAUAAUAAAUACACAAUCAUUCAAUAUAUUCCUUGCAUAACUCAUAACAAUGUGUUCUUAUCAGCUGAUCUGAAUUAAGUCAUUUGCAAUGGGGAGAGGCAGAUCUCUCUCUGUAAACAAUGAGUAAGGUAAACAAUUAGUUCAAUUGCUUAAAUGCCAACUGAUUGCCUUCAUUACAAAUUAGAAGUGUUGUUGUUUAGUCGUUUAGUCGUGUCCGACUCUUCGUGGCCCCACUUCGUGACCCCACUUCGUGACCCCACUUCCAAAAUAGAGGUAUGAUCCAGCUGAAUUAAGCGCUAAGGCUGCAAGCCUAACUCCACGUACUUGGCAAGAAGCCUCACUGAAUUCAACAGGGCUCAUUUCUGCUGCUGCUGAAGCUGCUGAUGUAGUCUUGUUCUGUAAGACUACAAUCCUACUAUGCAUGGUUUUUUGGGAGUAAGCCCUAAUUAUCUAUGGAAAUCCAUUCUUAAAUCUGUCUCCUUGAAAUCAGUUUGCCUUUGAAAAGUGUCCGUUUCCAUGUUGUGUCUGCUUUAUCUCCCCCCCCCCCCAAGAGACAUGAUUCUGAUAGUUUAACCUUGUGGUCAUAUUGAAAGUGUCAAAUAGAACCAAUACUCUAAUAGCAGAUGGGGAAGUA